CAGGCGAUUUUUCUCCAUUCCUCCCGCAAUUGAGUCGCUUUACGAUCUUCAAAAACUCUGCAACCAUGGAGGGGAUUAAGAACACAUUUGCACAAUGCAAGAAGGAGAACCGGUCGGCUCUAGUGACAUACUUUACGGCCGGUUACCCAACACCUGAAGAAACUGUUGAUGUUAUGCUUGGUAUGGAAGCAGGUGGCUCAGACAUAAUUGAGCUUGGUCUUCCCUUCACAGAUCCAAUUGCGGACGGGCCUACGAUUCAAAAAGCUAAUACUCAAGCCCUCAAAAAUGGAGUCACAGUUACAUCAGUUCUCGAAAUGGUUCGACAAGCCAGAAAGAAGGGCUUGAAAGUUCCAGUUCUUUUCAUGGGCUACUACAAUCCUAUCUUGAGCUAUGGAGAAGAGAGACUUCUGAAGGACUGCCGUGAAGCAGGUGUUAAUGGGUUUAUUAUCGUUGAUCUGCCACCGGAAGAAGCUGUCUCGUUCAGAAAUUUCUGUGCCAAAGGAGGACUCUCUUACGUCCCACUUAUUGCUCCUGCUACCUCCGAGUCUCGAAUGAAACUAUUAUGCAAGCUCGCCGAUUCAUUCAUAUACGUCGUCUCGCGGAUGGGAGUCACUGGGGCUACGGGAACGCUGAAUACAGGCCUGCCAGAUCUAUUGAGACGUGUGAAGGAAUACUCUGGGAAUGUGCCAGCUGCCGUUGGGUUCGGGGUUAGUACAAGGGAUCAUUUCUUGAGUGUAGCCCAAAUUGCAGACGGUGUGGUUAUUGGCAGUCAAAUCAUCACAACUCUGGCACAAGCUCCAGCUGGCCAGGGAGCCAAAGCUGUUGAGGAAUACUGUGCUGAAGUUGGCGGUCGUCGAAACGCGCCUAAUGGAGGGCUCACGAGAGAGGUUGGAAUCGUCGAGACCAUGGACGCAGCACACGAACCAAACGGGGAUAAAGUACAUGUUGAUGGAAUUAUCAAAAAUGGAUCUGGCCCCGGCUUGGCAGACCAAAUUGAAGCUUUGAAUACUGAUGACCCUGUGGAUCCAGCUGCGCUUCCUCAACGAUUUGGAGAGUUUGGCGGACAGUAUGUUCCUGAAUCCUUGAUGGACUGCUUAUCUGAAUUGGAAGCCGGCUUCAACAAGAUUAAAGAUGAUCCUGCUUUUUGGGAAGAAUACCGGACAUACUAUCCUUGGAUGGGACGACCUGGCCAGUUACAUCUGGCUGAACGCCUUACCGAGCAUGCUGGCGGUGCAAAUAUCUGGCUGAAGAGAGAAGAUCUCAAUCACACUGGAAGUCACAAGAUCAACAAUGCCCUCGGCCAAAUCCUUCUUGCACGAAGACUAGGCAAGACUGAGAUCAUUGCAGAGACCGGCGCUGGCCAGCACGGUGUAGCAACUGCUACUGUCUGCGCGAAAUUUGGCAUGAAGUGUACUAUUUACAUGGGAGCUGAAGAUGUGAGGCGACAAGCACUUAACGUCUUCCGCAUCAAGCUUCUAGGUGCCGAUGUAAUUGCCGUUGAGGCUGGCUCGAGAACUCUCCGUGAUGCUGUCAAUGAGGCCUUGCGAGCCUGGGUUGUCAAGCUUGAUACUACUCACUACAUUAUUGGAUCCGCCAUUGGCCCUCAUCCUUUCCCAACGAUUGUCCGAACAUUCCAGUCCGUCAUCGGCAACGAGACGAAGACGCAGAUGAUGGAGAAGCGAGGCAAGCUCCCCGAUGCUGUUGUCGCCUGCGUUGGUGGUGGUUCCAAUGCCGUUGGCAUGUUCUACCCCUUCUCAAAGGAUCCAUCCGUCAAGCUUAUUGGCGUUGAAGCUGGCGGUGAUGGUGUUGAUACGAACCGCCAUAGUGCCACACUAUCUGGUGGAACCAAGGGAGUUCUUCACGGUGUUCGUACCUAUGUUUUGCAGGACCAGCAUGGACAGAUCACCGAUACACACUCAGUAUCUGCCGGCCUUGAUUACCCUGGUGUCGGACCUGAGCUCUCAAGCUGGAAAGACUCAGAAAGAGCCAAGUUCAUUGCUGCCACCGAUGCUGAAGCUUUCAUUGGAUUCCGAUUGAUCAGUCAACUUGAAGGUAUCAUUCCAGCAUUGGAGACUGCGCAUGCGGUCUAUGGUGCUCUUGAACUUGCAAAGACCAUGGAGAAGGGCAAGGACAUCGUUAUCUGUCUAAGUGGACGUGGCGAUAAAGAUGUCCAAAGCGUAGCAGAUGAGCUACCCAUCCUAGGUCCUAAGAUUGGUUGGGACUUGAGAUUUUGAUCACGUACAAGCUCAUUUGGACUUGACUUGAUCUUCGAGGGCAUUGUAUGCUGAACGUGUGAUAAUAGCUGCUUUAUUCUAGAUGCCAUUCGUGGGUAGACGAAAAUCAAAAGCGUGAACAAGAUUGCAGGUUCUUCCGUUGUGAACCUCUUCCUACCAUCUAGUUACUUCUGCUCAACUUCCGAAGCAUCUACUUCAU